AUGGCUUAUGAACUAAAGGCUCGAGGCAAUGAACGGUAUAAGGAAGGGGAUUAUGAAGGUGCAGAGGAGUUAUACUCUCAAGCAAUCCAGAAAAAUUCCAAUGACCCGACCUUCUUCAAUAACCGCGCGCUCGUCCGAAUAAAGCUGGGACUAUGGGAAGGAGCAGAACACGAUUCACGAAUCGCCGCGGACCUCUACGGGCCCAAGAAUGCCGCAGGUGUCAAGUCGAAUUAUUACCUUUCCCAGGCCCUGUUGGCGCUACAACGACCUGCUGAAGCGCUUGAAAUCGCGCUCGCUGCAUACAAGAUCAGUCUUGAGACCAAGAAUCCCAACUCCGAGCCCCUGUCUAGGAUCAUACUUCGUGCAAAGCAGAGUAUUUGGGCAGCGAAGGAAACAUCUCGUAUCAGAGAACGUAACGAGACUCUGAAACAGGUAGAAAUGUUGAUGGAGGCGGAUUUGAAUUCAGAAAUUGCUGCCUUGCAUAACGCAUUUGAGAAAGGAGAGAUGGGCAAGGUUGGAUACGAAGAAGACAAGAAGUUAUUGGAGGAAGAAUAUGCGAAGAAGUUGAAUGAUGUGCGGGAAGCAUUUGCCUCGGUGGAUUCGGAGCUCCAGGAAAGGCUCCCAGUAACUAACCCUUGUCUGCAGCAUAUGCCAGAAUACCUGAUCGACAACAUUACCUUUGAAGUUAUGCAUGAUCCAGUUAUUACGCCUUCAGGUCACUCUUUCGAAAGAACAAGCAUCUUGAAACAUAUACAGCAGUCCGAGGUUGACCCCAUAACUCGUGUGCCAAUGACCGCCAGCGACCUCCGACCCAAUUAUGCGCUCAAAGCGGCCUGUGAAGACUUUCUGGAGAAGAACGGAUGGGCCGUUGACUGGUAA